AUGUUGCAAGAUCUACCCGUUUUUAGCACGGAAGAGAAGAGUGAUGAUUUAAGUCAAGAGCAAAAUCAACCUCAGCCGGAAGCCUCAGGUUGUGAGAUGUACAAAAAUGUUAAUCUAAGCGCUUCAAUGACACCUUUAUCUUCAGAACUAGAUUCUAUUUUCGAUUCACCUAAAAAAGGCUUCACUACGGAGACAACUAAGAAAAAAGAUCUUGUUGCAACAAAAACACAGUAG